CGCACCUGAUCACUUUUACGAGCGCUGAUUGGAUAACCCAAUCAGCUGAUGGUCAAAAUGGCGAAGUCCGGUAAACAAGAAACAUGUCUUGUUAUUGGUGGUGGUGGAUUUUUGGGACGUCAUUUGUCAGAGAAAUUGAUAGCCAGGGGAUAUAAAGUUCAGGUUUUUGAUGUCAGAAAGACGUUUGAAGAUGACAACAUUAACAUUUUUGUUGGAGACCUUUGUAAAAAAGAGGAUUUAUUACCAGCUUUAGAAGGUGUUGAUAUUGUGUUCCAUUGUGCCACCCCAUCACCACUAAGUAAUAACAAAGCUCUUUUCUACAAGGUGAACUUUGAAGGCACCAAAACAAUUGUUGCAGCAUGUAAAGAAGUUGGAAUAAAGAGGUUUGUGUUAACUAGCAGUGCUAGCGUUGUUUAUGAAGGUAAAGAUAUAUUAAAUGGUAAAGAAGAUCUUCCGUACGCUAAACAACCAAUAGAUUAUUACACGGAGACGAAAAUACUACAAGAAAAGGUAGUACUGGAGUCUAAUAAUAAUGAUUUCCAUACAGUUGCUGUCAGACCCCAUGGCAUCUUCGGACCACGUGAUCCUCACAUGAUUCCCACGUCUGUAGCGAUGGCUAGAAAAGGAAAAACCAAAUUCAUCAUCGGAAACGGGAAAAAUAUAGUAGAUUUUACGUUUGUAGAAAAUGUGGUCCAUGGUCAUAUUCUAGCAGCAGAGAAUUUACAUAGAGGAUCACCAGUUUGUGGAAAGGCCUACCAUAUUACCAAUGACGAACCUAUUUAUUUCUGGACAUUUAUGACAAAACUUCUGACAUCCUUCGGUUACGAUGCACCCAAAUAUAACUUACCGUAUACAUUGGUAUAUUUUAUCGCCGUAUUUUUACAACUUGUUGCCUACUUACUUAAACCUUUCAUAGCAUUCACACCGACAUUUACACCCAUGAAAGUAGCAUUAGCUGGAACCCAUCAUUCGUACAGCUGUGAAAGAGCCAAGAAAGACUUGAAGUACAAACCAGUUGUCUCCCUUGACACAGCCAUUCAAAUUGCCGUCGACAGUUACCCAGAGUUACGGAAAAAUGCCAAGACAUCCUGACAAAAAUAAAAACUUUGAAUUAAUUUUAUUUUGUACGUAUGUCAAUAAAUAUAAGAUAUUUAUGUAAA